AAAAAACUCUGUAUUUAUUGUGGGAUAUUAAUCAUGAAGAGAGAGAGUUUCUUGAAUUCUAAGGCCAAUGAAAUUAUUGUGGGAUAUUAGGCUACGUAGAUGUAGACAGACGCGUUAGAAAAUUCAUCGCAAUCAAGGAAUGGACCAAACGAGUAUCGUCACCGUGUAAAAAAUGGUGAGGCCCUCCAAAAGCGCCAUGCCCAUGCGAUUGCGACCUCUGCAAGUCGUAUUGCUCCUCGCAACGUCUGCAAAGGCUCUGUCCGGCAAAACAGACGCUCAGACGCUUUCUCAUGUGGAAGUCCAGAGUACCGGAGCCGCUUUGCAAGAGCAAGAGGAUAGCGCAAGCAGCGAUGGUACUUAGAAGGUCAAAUAGCAGCUGAUGUUUGAUUGGUAGAGUAGUCUCUUUCAAACCAUACAUCUAUAUCAAGGACUACAUUGGAACACUUUCAUUACAUACACUUUUUUGGUUCAGAAGAAAAGAAAACAAGCCACGCGGCAAUAUAAAAGUGAAAUAAAGCCCCCUUUGCAACUUCUUCCCCUGCACUACCCAUGACAAGGCGUUCUCCACACACCAAACAAUAGUACCUCGCGAACUUGUAAAUGAGUGAAUGAAUGAGUCAGACGCUACAACAGUCUAGUAGCAGAUCUUUCUACUCAACAUAAACAUUGUACGGCUAAUACAAGCCUCACUUCAUUGAGUCCAUCAUCGAUCAGGAACUUCCGCUGUAGCGGAUUCCGACUCAGAGGAUGACACUUUGAUAACGCGUGCUUCCAGGAGUAGUUUUCCUUCUUCAAAUGAAGAAAUGUUGCUGACCGCGCGUAGUUCAUCGACAACCGCGACAAGGUUACGGAGAGCCGCGGACGCAGGUAGUUCCAAAGAACUCACAGAUGUGUCCAGAUCCACCAAACAACUGACUGAGGAAGAGCUGGAGGAGCGAGGAGUCCUUAAUCAAGAGACGCCAGACGCCAAGAACCAGGAUCAGAGGACAGGGACAGACUCAGUGUUAAGGCUCUCCUAAUCCAUCUCCAUAGGCAUCCCUCAACAGGAUGCACCCCAAUCCCAGGGAAAUGGUAAGGCAUGUCUUUGCGGGAUCGCUUCACGGAUGAAUUAGGGGAAGCUCUAACAGUGGAUGACGGUUCAGUAGUAGCAGGACAAGAGGGCUCCAUAGUAGCAGUGGAUAACGGUUCAAUAGUAGCAUCGUCAACUUCAAAAAAGAUCAGUGGAAGUAAGGUUAAGCCUGCUGUGUCAACCUCAACGUCAACGUCCUCAAGUUUAAUAGAAGAAGACACACUCACACAAAAGCAAAAAGCUUUUAGUCGUGAAGGCGCGAAAGUACAAACUGAUCAAGUAGCUGUACCUGCUGCGGAGACAAGAUCUACGUCCUCUAAGACAGCCAAUGCAGGCGAAAAAGAAGAAACCGCCGUAACCGAUAGUAUCCAAGGACAAGCGCCAGACCCAGAGCCUAAAGAGGACCACUCUUCUUCGACCAAAGGCGAGACUGAAUUCUUAGAAGACCACACUUCUGAAAAAGCUGGGGGCGCGACUUCUCUUAAGGCUUACCCUUAUCCAUCCUCUGCGGCAUCCUGAAGAGGCUUUUCAAGGGGAAAGCGGACCCAGGACGCGGCUCAGGAUGGAUAUUAAAGUUGCGCUCCAAUUCUCGCACAACCGACACCUCUGGCUCUACGGCCACCGAUUGGUACGUCUACGUGGAUUACGUCACCAGCUACAUAGACACCACAGGUGAGCUACCAGCGGACUUCGGGUCCAAGGCUUUGGGGGAUCCCGCGUUUUUGGACAUCCUGCAGAAGGAGAUUGUCACCGCUACGGGCAUUCAGUCGGUCACGGUGCCGCAGUGUACUUAUUUCAUCAUUUUUCAUUGCUGGCCCACGCUGCUGCUCAGGUAUGUUACAACUAGGUGUCUUAUGAAUAUCUCUCUCUUGCUAGGCACAUUCAUUCAUUCUUCUAGAAGCACUCUACUUCUCUCCGCUUCAAAGCUCGCUGAUCCUUUAUCUUGCUAGUACUACUUUCAUUCUGCGGCGUUCAAUGAAUUCGAAGUAAACGAACUAUUGUCGCCGACUUUCCCGAACGUGUUUCCCACAUCCGACCUACAGAUCAACCUGGUGCCCCGGCUCGUGUGUACGACUUCACUAUUCCUACGGCCCCGGAGCCACCACUUAUCACACUGGGCGUUUUGCUUCUCACCGCCCUCGGAAUUUUGGAACUUGCCACCAUCGUUAUGAGAUCACUGGAGUAACGAUGACUGGAGAUUGAUAAGUCCAGUAUAAUUUACACUACAGUUGUGAUCUAUUUUUUGAAAAUGCGGUCUGUUGAUAUCGAUAAUGCAGCAAUGUGGUACAAACCAACACCAAGUAGUAAAGUUGUUGUUGAAGACCAAGUAGCCUCAAAUCUUGAGAGGUUCAUGUUGAGGUAGAGGUACAUGUAGUGUUCUAAUAACAGGGUAGUUUAUAGCACGCAUGGUGCAUGGAGUAGCAUGGAGUGCAUGGAGCGCAGAGCUUUAAGGGGCGCAAGAAGCUCCCCCUUUAGCUCCAUGCUCUGUUAUAAAUUUUUUAAAAUUAUAUUGAUGUAGUUACGUCGAUAAUUGAAAUUGAAGCAUUAGCAAUGUGGUACAAAGCAACACCAAGUAGUAAACGACAAGAGGUUCUGGUUCAUCUGCAUUCUCGAACUAACAAUUAUUUCACCUCGUUAUCGACGUAGCGGCAUGUUGACAAUGCAUGAGCUCCCUCGUUCUCCCUAUUACCUCUAAUAUCAGCGUCCUAUACAAGCUCGCGAAGGAGGCGAAAUUACGAGAGCCCUUGCAGAAUCCUGCAGAUAUUGACGCCGACGAUGAUGAGUGGACUGACGAUGAUGAUUAUGAGGGCGAUGACUCUGUACCGAUGAAAUGAUGAAGAACCUUUUCUUGAUUCAUGUUCAUCCCUUGUCAAAAGCCAAAGCACGACAUCAAGUACUGAAUUUCAUUCACAUCGCGCGUGAAGAUGCUCCUUUAUGGGCCUAGGCAUUUUAACAAAUUCAACAUUUCUACCCUGGUGCUGCUGCUGUAGUACAUUACCCUUUAUAAGAGGAGUUCGCACUACCUGAUCGAAGAGGGAAUUGUACGAAUCAUUUCCAAGAAAGGUUUGCGACGACGAGAAAGGAU